AGAGAGACCUUUGAUUAUUGGGAAUUAUAUUAUGAAUGAAUUAUCUGUACACACAGCUGGCCUUUGUUAUAAGAGGAUUUAAAAUCAUUUAGUCUCCGCGAGUUUAGUUUGUCUAACCAAUGCUAACCGUAGAACUUACACCCUUGACUGCUUCUGGUGUUCAAAGAACCCCAUUCUGACUUCCACUCCAAGCCAAUACACAAUUCUUUUUUUUUUUUCUGUACAUGGAAUGGGUUAUUUUUUCUCUCUCUCUCAGUCUCUCUGAUGUGGUUUAAUGAAAGAAUAGAGCCACUACAGUGUCUAUUUGACUUUGCCCUUUGUGAACAAGUUUUGGGAAGUAUUUCGGAUAUAUAAUAGAGGGAAGUGGAAUUGUGUCAAUUGAAUGACAUUAUUGGAACACUGCGUAGAAUUUUUUUUCCAUGGUAGAAUUUUUGACAGGAAGGGAAUUUUGUGUGGAUUUCUGUAUCAGAUAAUUAAGUGUGACCUGUAGCCAUGGAACAUCUUGACAAGUUUCAGAUAAUCUUUAACAACCCCUCAGCCAUCUACAACGCGGGGGACACUGUGUAUGGAUAUGGCUGGGCAGUCUUCAAGGAACCUAUACAUGUACAGACUGUGUGUAUGGAGGCCAUUGGAGAGGCUAAAGUGGAGUGGAUGACCUCCAGUGAUAUACAGGCAUCAGAUGAAGAAGUGUUCAACUACACAACAGUCCUACCCAUAAAAGGAGAAGAUAAGAAUAGUCAGGGUGCUACAUUACACGAGGGCUCACAUUACUUCCCUUUCGAGUUUACACUACCUAGUGAUCUUCCGUCGUCUUUCAAGGGUAAACAUGGCCGCCUGCGAUACUUUGUUAGAAUGACCAUCUGUACAUCAGGAGGGCCUCACCCGUCACGCACCAGUAAAUUCGGAGUUCAAGGGGCACUUGACCUCAAUGCAGAACCAAAUGCUGCGCUUCCGGUAGAGAAUGACACAUUUGAGCCCCUGGGGUCCUUGUGUUGUAUCUCUGGUACGGUGACCGCCAAACUACACCUGGAGAAGAAGGGCUACACAGUCAAGGAAUCGGUGCCAGUGUACGCAGAAAUCAAAAACCUUAGCAGCCGGAGAAUCAACUCUACCUCUGUGUCCUUAAUACAGAAUGUGACGUACUACUCCUACAGAGGACGAUUUUCAGAAACCACAAAGCUGGUGACAAUCCAUAAGGGGGGUGUGGGGCCCCGGGGUAAACAGACGUGGCAGAAGGAGUUACUGAGUAUCCCCACCACCCCGCCCUCACACCUCCACGGCUGUAAAAUCAUAGACAUCCAGUACUGUAUUGAGUUGGCCAUCAAACCCUCGGGCUUUGGUAAAAAAGUCAAAAUCCCAGUAGACAUCAUUAUCGGAUCUGUUCCCCUCCUAGAGGCCAAAAAAGAGAAGACGUCGUACCACCCACUACCGUCCAUCGUCAAAGACGACGUGAUUCCAUUCCCGUUCUUCGAGCUCGCUACAAACCCUAGUCAAUACAUGCUUCCUACCGCUCCACCGUGGGAAGAGGAUGACGAUAUCCCGUGAAAACUGGUAAUUAUCAGACUGUUAAUUAG